GACAGUUUUAUAACAAAAUUCUGUGCUACUGCCAUAGGCGGCGCUGAUAACCCAACCGCCAUCCAUUGAAUCGCCCUUGAAAAAUUCAUUUUCGUUCAAGCUCUCGUCGCAUCCAGACGACAUUCAGUGGAUUAUCACUAUUUCCUGCAUUGCUGAGCCUUUAAAUACCAAUUGACAAUAUGUCCAAGAUUGGAAUCAACGGAUUUGGCCGCAUUGGUCGCCUUGUUUUGCGUGCUGCCAUUGAGAAGGGCGCCCAGGUGGUGGCUGUCAAUGAUCCCUUCAUUGGCCUAGACUACAUGGUCUACAUGUUUAAGUUUGAUUCCACCCAUGGGCGCUUCAAGGGAACUGUAAGUGCUGAGGGUGGUCAGUUGGUGGUCAAUGGGAUGAAGAUUACUGUUUUCUGCGAACGUGACCCAUCCACAAUUAACUGGGCUUCUGCUGGGGCUGAAUAUGUGGUUGAAUCCACUGGUGUCUUUACGACUAUUGACAAGGCAUCGGCUCACUUGAAGGGUGGUGCCAAGAAGGUCAUCAUUUCAGCUCCAAGUGCUGAUGCUCCAAUGUUUGUUGUGGGUGUUAAUCUGGAUGCCUACACGCCGGAUCUCAAGGUUGUGUCCAAUGCAUCAUGCACAACCAAUUGCUUGGCUCCUCUGGCUAAGGUUGUCCAUGAUAACUUUGAGAUUGUCGAGGGUUUGAUGACCACUGUUCAUGCUACAACGGCCACCCAGAAGACCGUUGACGGACCUUCUGGAAAGCUGUGGCGUGAUGGUCGUGGUGCCCAACAAAACAUCAUCCCAGCUGCCACGGGGGCUGCUAAGGCUGUCGGCAAGGUUAUCCCGGCUCUCAAUGGUAAACUCACUGGAAUGGCUUUCAGAGUUCCGGUGCCAAAUGUAUCCGUUGUUGAUUUGACGGUGCGUCUGGGUAAGCCGGCCAACUAUGAUGCCAUCAAGGCUAAGGUCCGCGAGGCUGCCGAAGGACCACUUAAGGGUAUCCUUGGGUACACCGAAGAAGAAGUUGUCUCGUCUGACUUCAUUGGAGACAAUCACUCUUCCAUCUUCGAUGCCCAAGCUGGCAUUUCACUCAAUGACAACUUCGUCAAGCUCAUUUCUUGGUAUGAUAAUGAGUUUGGCUACUCCAACAGGGUCAUUGACCUCAUCAAAUUCAUGCAGUCUAAGGAUUAAAAUGCCCAACACGAGAAAUCUUCCCAACGCGCCGGUGCCAAGCAUCGCUUAAUUAUCAUAGAAGAAAGUUCAGCAUGAAAAAGUGUUAUAUUUGGCCCUGAAAGGUAGAGCUAGUCUCGUUGUCCAACGGAUAAAAAAAAAUAAACACAUCAUUGUUUUUUUUUGGAAUGAUUUUGUGUCAUUUUUAUUACACACAAAAAUAUGUAAAUCUCAGAAAUUUGAGAAAUAAAUUGUGAAAUUCUAAUUUCA